AUGAUUGAAGGCACUGGAACUAGUACGCUCGACAACUUUCCGGACAUGUUCGUCGGAGACAUGACGGUUGCAGGACAUAUUGGACCCGGUGAAUGUCGUAGCACUUCUCGAGUUGCUCUCGAGUAUCCAAAUCCAGGAGAGGCUAUUACAAUAACCGAAGUGCAAGGGAUACCGUUUAAGAAACCAACAGGUGGCAAGUGUUAUUCGAAAGCUACCAUCAAUACUUCCACCAUGGCAGCUUCAUCUACUACUACUACUACUACUACUACUACUGAAACUUCCACACUUUCCAUCUCAUCUACUGUAUCUACCACGGGAAAUCCGGAUGGUGAUUCUAAAUGUGACAAACCACUUCCUGCAGUUUUGAACUUAGUCGUCAAUGAUGCCACGUAUCCUUGCACUUGUGUAUGCGAGAAAAAAACAUCCUAG